AUGGGCGCCCCGGACGCCGCCCCAGGGGCAGGAGGCUUCGCCGCUCCCCGCCGCGCCCAGCCGCGGGGCUCGCCCCAUCCGGCCGCCCGCCGAGCCCUCGGGCAGCUCGGCGCCAGCCCCGGCCGGAGCCCGCCCGGGCGCAGGGCGCUCUCCGAGGUGCUGAAGUACCGGCGCGCCCGGCGUCGCGUCCCGCUCUGGCUCUGCCCCGCGCCCCGGCACCUCGGGCGGCUGCUGCAGGUGCCGGCGUCCCGGCCGCGGUGCACAGGCCCCAGGGCGCUCUGGGGCAGGGCGGCGGGGCGCGGACCCUCCUGCGCCGCCCUCCCCGGGGCAGGGGUCUGCGCUGCGCCCGUGCGCCACCAGCCUCCCGCUGCAGAGCGCUGCGCUGCCCACGGAGCCGAGCGGGUCCCGCCGCGACGCGUCACAGCGCAGCACUGCGGAGCCUCCGCUGCUGCCCGCCCCUCGCCGGCCCCGGGAUUGGGGAAGGGCUGCUGUGCCCGGCCCCUCUGCCCAGCCCGCCGCUCGCCGCCUGCCAGCUGCUGUGCGCAGGGCACGGCCCCGGCCCCCGCGGCGGGACACUCUGCCCUGUCCCCGGGGGCUGGCUGCCAGGAGCCGGUCAGGUCUCUCCCCUGUCCUGGGCUGCUGCUGUGCUCCCAGACACCCCCCGCCCCCGGCACCAGCCCACAGCACCUCUCCCCCGGCUCAGCUCCUCUGGCCGCCUGCAGCCCCCGCUGCGAGCCCCAGCACGAGGAGCUGAUGGCCACUUUAGACGGGAGACCUCAUGAUGAGGGCACCAGAAUAGACAGAGAGCUGGUGUCCCUGCUCCUCCUGUGCGCCCGGCCCCUGGCCCUGCGGCGCGCCCCGGAGCGCGUGGGCUACCUCCCCCAGCCGGGCUGCAGCCGCCGCCAGGCCGCCCGCCGGGCGCGCCGGAGCCGCAGGGCCGGGGAGCUGCCGCCCCUCUACCCCAACGGCUGGUACCGGCUGCUGGACUCGCACGGGCUGCCCCGCGGCGGGGUGCGCAGCCUGGCGGCGCUGGGGGAACAGGUUGCUGUAUUCCGUGCUCUGGAUGGACAAGUGUAUGUAGUCGAUGCCUACUGCCCACACCUGGGUGCGAACCUUGCUGCUGGCGGCCGCGUGGUGGGUAACUGUAUCGAGUGCCCAUUUCAUGGGUGGCAGUUUCGGGGAGAAGACGGAAAAUGCACUACAAUCCCAUAUGCUGAAAAAGUGCCAGACUUUGCAAAGAUCAAAACAUGGCCCUCGUGUGAAAUAAACGGAAUCAUACUUGUCUGGUAUCACUGUGAUGGUGUUGAUCCAGUGUGGGCUGUCCCAGAGCAGGAAGAGAUCACCUCCAAGGAAUGGGUGUAUCGUGGCCACACAGAGCAUUUUGUCAAUGCACACAUUCAGGAAAUCCCUGAAAAUGCUGCAGACUUUGCUCAUCUAACUUUUCUGCACGAACCAGUUUUUAUGAGUGGAGUUGACCUGAGAUACACACACUCCAAGCUGUGGGAAUCUGUGAAGCACUGCUGGAAGGCUGAAUGGCAGCCAGAGCCAGAACCCAACAAGCACUGUUCCCAGUUAGUGGUUAAACACAGUCUAACAGUGUUUGGAAAGCACUUCUCCGUGAUGGAUUUCACAGUUAGAGCCAGACAGGUGGGGCCGGGGCUGGUCUACCUGACCUUUGAACAUGCUUUCCUGGGCCGUGGGAUCAUUCUGCAGAGCGUGACGCCCGUGGAGCCUCUCCUGCAGCAAGUCAUCCAUAGGAUCUAUUAUCAGCACAGUAUGCCAGCAGUGAUCCCCAAAUUCAUUCUCAAAGUGGAGUGCGUUCAGUUUGAACGGGAUAUCAUGAUCUGGAAUAACAAGCAAUAUCUGUCUAAACCACUGCUGGUAAAAGAAGAUUCUGCGAUCCAAAGGCACAGGCGCUGGUUUGCUCAAUUCUACAGUGAGAACAGCAGUAGAUACAUUUUCCAAAAGGAUGGACUGGACUGGUGACAUCCAUGUGCUCAAAAGACGUCAAAUGGCUUCCUCAUCCAUGAGAAGCCCUUCCUCAUCCAUGAGAAUGGCAGCCAAGCUCAUAGCAAGUUAAUAAAACUGCAUUUCUGGAUUUUCAGUGGCAGUUGGGCAAAUCUGCAGUACAAGAAAAACUCUCUAGUUCAAUACUUCUACCCGGCCAAGUGUAUUGUCUUCCAUGUAAGGCUGGGCAAAUCUAGUAAGUGUUGUGUAGGCUUUGCUGUCAUAACUGAGCUAUAGUAUGGGGUGCCCCCCAUCUCCAAUGGGAAAAUGAGACUGACAGAAUCCCCUGGAGAAAUCGUCUCUGUUUUGCAGCUUUUGUUAUUCAGGAACAAUUGCAUGAAACCCUGAUCCUUAGGUGCUGCAGGGCUCACAUGUUCCUAUUCUCUAAAGCUGUCAUUUGACAUCUGUUCCUCCUCCCCAUAGCAAGUCACAAUGGCAAACCUGGAUUGUUACCAUGGAUGAGGAAUAGGCAGGGUCACUCUAAGGAGCAGAUGGUCUGUUCUCUUGCUAAUGUACUUAGAAACUAGCAAGGGACCAACAGCAAUGGUCAGGGCUGGCUAUAGAUCUCUACAGGAGUUUUUCCAAGAAGUUUAUCAGCUCCUGAACAGAUGUUAAUGGACAUAUAGCAUCUAAUGAAGAAGGGAAGUAAUUUUCCUGGUGGUCUUACAGUGUAAGAACGUAAAAAACAAGCUUCUUGUGCAAAGAUUAGUUCCCCUUGGAGUAAUGUGUAUGAGGAUAGUAACAACUGAUUGAACACCAGCAGGGACUUGUUUAGGAAGCUAUGGCCUCAUCUGAGGCAAGUGCAAAGAGUGCUGACAUACUGUACAAUCAGCAUUUAGUAUGUGUAUGAAACCGAUCUCUGCUGGUCUGGCUAAAAACUGCUCUAGUUUCCAUUGUGCUUUAUUUCUCAGUAGUAUAAAUAGAUGGACCAACUUCUGCCCGGACUUACAACCUCCAGGCUCCUGUUUGCUCCAGGUAAGUCCGGGCAGAUUUGGUGAUCGGACUGUAAUGUAGUUACUCUGUGCAAAUAGCCAUCAAAAACGAAAGUACAGUGCACAGAACUGUUGGGAGCCUUCCAUGGUAGGCUGCACCGUGCUGGAGCUGAUUGACAUUGUCUGCUAUACAGAUCACUUGUGCCAAACAAAAGAAGAGGGUUACAAGUCAUUCUGUGAACCUGCCCUUGUGUAUCUUGUGAAUUCUGCACUUUACUGAGCCUUUUGUUUUUGCACUGAACCAUAAAGCAAUGUUAACCAGUGAGUCAGGAGUUUAUCUAGCCCCACACUGGUUACUGUGUGAACUGCUUAAACUAGUCUCUUAAUGUCAAAGUCUCGAGGGGGUAGUGUAGUCCGUUGAGGGGAGUGGCUCCUCCCCCUCCGGGUCUAUGGGCAGCCAAUCCGCCCCACUACAGGUAGUAUUUACUUCAUUGUCUGCGAUGGGGGCUACGGCCAAAGAAUCGCCAUGGCAUGGAGUUUCUCAUCACCUAAAUGCUGAAGCAGGCCUGUACUACGUGGCAUAGCAAUGUCAAGUGGGCUAGUCAACCCCUGGCAAACGUCUGGCUCUCUGAUGCAAUGGAUCUUGUACUAAUAGGGAUGGGUGCCACAAAGGGGUUACAAUAGUUAAAUAAGUCUUAGAAGGAUUACUUGUGUGUGGAACCAGGACCAGGCUGAAUGUAGGAGACUGGGUUCUUCUCUUGCUUACACAUCACCCAGAGAAGUUUUCACAAGUGGCUCUGGUUUCAUCUUGUCGGUGAAAAUUCUUUCUACAACAUGAAAUGGGCUUUUGUUUUGAUCCUUGCCUUUACUGGUAGACUCUUUAUAGUUACUAUUUUUAUAUUACAAAGGUUUCAUAAACAUUUAUAGAAUGAAAAUAUACAA